AUGGCGACCACUCUAGAAGCAGCCAUGAUUCCUAGUCACGAUGACCGCCCCGAUCGUACAGGUAGAAGACGACCAUUCUCGACAUGGGUGAGGAAGCUCACCAACUUCAAGGCGUCGUCCUCCGGCGAGGGCGCCACCCGACAUUCGCGCCUCAACAACCCCAUGCGCAUGCAUGCGAGGCACCGCUCCGGCAAGAAGAACAACCCUUACCCCGAAUCUGGCUACGUCAGCAACAAUCACGGGGCCGGUGACGGCAGCGCGUCGUACACCACAGGCAGCCCACAGCGCACGAGCCUCUACUCCGCCUCGACGGGAGGCAGCGGGAGCGAGACCUCGCUGGAGCGCCGCUCGCUCAGCUCUUCGGUCGCGGGGCUUCCUCCGGCCACCUCGGGCGCUCGGUCUGUCGCGCUCACCGUAUCAACGGAUCACGAGACGUCACGGUCCAUCGUAGCCCCGUCCCACGGCGCCUCGUCUCUCGCCGGAACCGCCCGCGGCGGCCACGAGUCGCGGCGCGGCGACGGCAGCACCUUCUCGUCGCCCGCACCCUCUGAGCGCUCCCUCGCGACGACCCUGACAACCAUCCAGUCCGCGGCGAUAGGCGGCGGCCACGCGACCACUACGAACCACGCGUCGCACCACGGCACCUCGAACUCGCAGACUAUCACCUUUAACCAACCCUUCCCGACCACCUCCCCAGCCUCGGCCCUCCCCCGCAUAUGA